CACUAAGAAAACGACAAUCGCUAACUUAUAACUUACAACUUAUAACUGGGUCUAUAUUCUGUUCCAUUCUAUUCUAGCUGAGUCUCUUUAACUGUGUGUGAACUCAAGGAGAAGGGAGAGAGAGAGAGAGAGAGAGAGAGACCGUUGCUUUGUUUGGUUGGGUUGGGCAUAGAUAAACCUUGCUUCGUCUCCACUCUCCACUCCAAUUCCAGGAUCUGUGCUAUUCUCAGUGAUAUUUUUGUUGGGGGAUAAUAUGAGCUUUACUGGCCCUUCUGUGGGUUCUGGUGCUAGAACUGCUAGAAGAGCAUUUGAAUUUGGACGGACCUAUGUAGUCAGACCCAAAGGUAGACAUCAGGCCACUGUAGUUUGGUUACAUGGUCUCGGCGAUAAUGGCUCAAGUUGGUCCCAGCUUUUGGAGACCCUUCCUCUACCAAAUAUUAAAUGGAUAUGCCCAACUGCUCCUACUCAACCAAUCUCUGUGUUUGGUGGCUUUCCUUCCACUGCUUGGUUUGAUGUGGGAGACCUUUCAGAAGAUGCUCCUGAUGAUUUACAGGGUUUGGAUGCUGCUGCAUCACAUGUUGCAAAUUUGCUGUCAAAUGAGCCCGCUGACAUUAAACUUGGAGUGGGGGGUUUCAGUAUGGGUGCUGCUACCGCCCUAUACUCUGCAACCUGCUUUACUGCUGGAAAGUAUGGGAAUGAUAACCCUUACACAGUUAAUCUAAGUGCAGUUGUCGGCUUAAGUGGAUGGCUUCCAUGCGCCAAGGUGUUACGUAGCAAGAUAGAAGGGGUGGAGGAAGCCACAAGGCGUGCUACAUCCUUGCCCAUUUUGUUGUGUCAUGGGAAAGUUGAUGAUGUGGUCAUCUACAAAUUCGGGGAGAAAUCUUCACAGGUUUUGAAUUCAACUGGAUUUCAAGACGUCACAUUCAGAUCGUAUUCUGGACUUGGCCAUUAUACUAUUCCAGAAGAGAUGGAUGAGGUCUGUGCUUGGCUGAAUUCAAAGUUGAGCCUUGAGGGUAGUGGUUCAUGAAUAGCAUUGUGCGGAAAUCUGAAGACACAGCAGAAAAAUGGUACGGGGAAAUAUUUGGAUGGCAACAAUGGAAUCACUACAAGUGGUAUUGGAUGCAAUGUGGACUUUUUUUACAUUUGACAUCGGUCUACUUUUUUCACAUUGGUCUAUUUAUAACUUGAUGUUAUUUGACUUUUUUUCGCACUUGGAUAGAACCAUAUUUGAUGGUUUGUACUAAUGAAUCCUCUCAUAAAAGGGUUGUUUGGAUUUCA